UGAAGCGUCACGCUGAUAAACGCUUGUGGCGCCACUUCUAGCGGUGUGUUCGCGCACGACUGUUUCGAGUGCAGCGCUAACCACUCUUCAUUAUUCCGCCCGACGAAUCGCCAAAAAUAUGCAAAAAUAUGAGAAACUCGAGAAAAUAGGAGAAGGUACUUAUGGAACCGUUUUCAAAGCUAAGAAUCGCGAGACCCUUGAAAUCGUUGCUUUAAAGAGAGUUCGAUUAGACGAAGACGAUGAAGGUGUACCGUCGUCCGCACUCAGAGAGAUUUGUUUGCUAAAAGAAUUGAAACACAAAAAUGUAGUAAGAUUGUAUGAUGUGUUGCAUAGUGAUAAAAAAUUGACUUUGGUUUUUGAACAUUGUGAUCAGGAUCUGAAGAAAUAUUUUGACAGUUUAAACGGAGAGAUCGAUUUGGAUGUCGUCAAAUCCUUUUUAUAUCAAUUAUUACGAGGAUUGGCAUUUUGUCACAGUAGAAAUGUAUUACAUAGAGAUCUUAAACCACAAAAUUUACUUAUUAACAAGAAUGGCGAGUUGAAGUUGGCCGAUUUUGGACUAGCAAGAGCUUUUGGAAUUCCCGUAAAAUGUUAUUCAGCGGAAGUUGUAACAUUAUGGUACCGUCCGCCAGAUGUUCUUUUUGGAGCGAAAUUGUACACAACAUCCAUUGACAUGUGGAGUGCCGGAUGUAUAUUUGCUGAGCUAGCAAACGCCGGUAGACCCUUGUUUCCCGGCUCGGACGUGGACGAUCAAUUAAAGAGAAUAUUUAAGAUGUUGGGUACACCGACCGAAGAAACGUGGCCAGAUUUUACAACUCUUCCAGAUUACAAACCUUUCCCACUUUAUCAUCCCGCUCAAGGAUUGGCUCAAGUUACGCCAAAACUUAAUUCCAGAGGCAGAGAUUUAUUGCAGAGGUUGUUGGUGUGCAAUCCAGCGUUACGAUUGUCAGCGGAUGAAGCAAUGGUGCAUCCCUAUUUCAACGACUUAAACCCUGCCAUUAAAAACGAUCGUUGUCAGUAGUGAAUCUCAUUUAAAUUGGUUCAAUCUACAGCGAGUAUGUCGCGAGUAGUGCAACGACCAAAAUCAUGCGGGCAAAGAUCGUUUGUUAAUAUAUAUAUAUAAAUAUAUAUAUAUUACUAUUAUUGUAAGUAUAUAUUUCGCACUCGAUGCAUCGGUUAUGAUGCAAGAUUAAGCAACGGGUCCUGUGUUAUAAAAAUGUCCAAGAGAAAUCAAUAAAUUGUCAAUUUUAUUAAU